AUGAGCAAGGCCUCGCGUCCAUCCGGUGGAUCGGCACCAGCACCGAACGCGCUCGCGCCGCCACAGCCUCCAGCGCCCACAGCACCUGCGGCUGGUCGUACCAACAUGGGCCCACCCCCUGUGCCCGCCAGUGCGACUAGCUCUGCGCCCGUGGCGAGGCCGAAGCGGGCUCUGCCCAAGUUCAACAAGAAGAAAAGCCCAACCGAGCCCGCAGCCACACCCGUGCAGGCGCCGAACGCCACAGCCUCAGCUUCGACUCACUCUGCGGCGUCGAGCUCCAACGGCUCUGGUCCUAAUCCCUCCCACCCGGUCGCUGAACCACAGCCUCGGCCCAGGCAGUCUAUACCGCCCGGGUACACGCACGCGACCGAGUGGGAGGAUUCCAUCAUCUUCGCAUACGACACACAGUACCUCCCGCCGUAUCCCGGCAAAGAAGUCUUCGCGGGCGAGGUUGCCGACGACGGGCUAUUCCAUCGAUUCGAAUACAUUCGGCAACCCACACCGUACGACGAGAGCUCCCCGCAAAUGCUCUUUGCACGCGUGCCGCGGCCCGGACGCGAGGAUGCCGACGAAUUUCGAGCGGCUUGGCCGGAGGACUGGGAUGAGGAGAGGUUGUUGCCGGUUGCUGUCCAGCGGGAGCUGCGGCAGAAGAGGGGGGAGGAGGAUAUGUCGGAGGAGCUGAUAAAGGUCGGAUACUUCUCGCGCCAGAAGACCCACGAUGUGGAGAGAAUGCGUGUGCACGACCUCAAGGACGAUUACGAGGAGGCCGUCAGCCUUGUACGGGAAGUGCUCCGCCGGGACAAGUUGAAGGAGGACGACGUUGCAUUACGGGCCAUCCAGAAGAUGCGGCUCCCGGACACAAUCGUCUCGACGAUGUGGAAGUCCUGGGGGCGUAUGCACUUUUUCGGUCUCCUUACGAGCAGCGAAUACGAGACGUGCCACCGCGUCUAUCAACGUUGUGCUCUCGAGAUAGACGCGUGGCUCGACAUGAUCGCCGCGUUCCUCGAGCCCGUCGUUCGUGAACGCCCAAACCACUGCCUCUUCCGCCGACUCAGUCUCGGGCCGUCCCCUCGCCGAGGCGCUAUCUUCGCGGGCGAGGAUAUCAUAACGUAUCACGCGCUUUAUCGAAAGCUACGUGCGCCUACAUACGUCAACAUCGCGCGCGAGGAUCUGGACCCCGGCGUUCUUGCUGGCGUCAAGCUCAGCAAGCCUGAUCGGCUACGUUGCUCGGACAAGAUCAAUAUCAAGCUGUCUACGAUCCGCCAAAAGACGCUUCCCUUCUCCUGGUACCCGCCCCUGCAUGCGCGAUGGGAUGUGUUCGAGCUUCAGGCGCGCGGGUACGCGCCUCGUGAAGAGUCCGAGGAUACCUUUCAACCAGCUGAUGUGGUGGAGGCUCGUAAGCGCAAGAGCGAUCACAUCGAGCAGCACAAUAAACGCAUCAAGCUGGCGCGGGAGGUUCAGGAAGAGCGCCGAGACGAUAAGUUCCAUCGCAGGCAACGCGAUGUCGGCACGUCGCGUGAGAGAUACGCACUAUACGCCAGUGUAUCGCCCGCAUUCCGCCGCCAGUUCGACCGGCUGGCGAAACCCCGACAAAAGUGGCUCCCCACCGUCUAUGCGCCGUACUCGCUCGCGGAGGGCCAGGUCCUAUCGCAUGCUAGACUCAGCGUGGUGGACGGCCAGGGUGAAGGUUCCUUAUGGACCUUCCUGCCUCCAGUUCACCUCAUCGCUAGCGACGACCCGCUUCGGACAGCGCGCAUUCUCGUGAACGUCGUGCACACAUUACCGAUCCUCCUGCUUCGCAUCAAGUUCGGGCGCACCGACAAGCGCUACACGCGUUUUGGUUCGAGGGGCUGGCGCAAGUUCGGCGCUAAGGUGGUGGCGAAGGAGGACUUUUGGGCGGAGGGCGGCGGCAAGAUCAAUAAGCACACGCUAUUGGCUGGUCGCGAAUUCGAGCGCCUACGCAAGUUGCCCGAAGCGCAACGCCCGUGGGGCAAGCUACCUUGUGGGCACGAAGCAACAGUCGAAUUGCUGCACAAGGACGAGCAGCUUCAAGCGAGCCUGUGCUACUCGAUCAACCAGUGGCAGGUGCUCUUCGUCUUGUGCAGCAUGGCGACGCGGGAGAGCCUGGACGCGGCCGGCAUCCCCGAGCUCAGCGAUGACGGCGGAACACAUCGCACGCCCGACUUCAUGGACCUCGACCGCGACAACAGCCACCCGGCGCUCAAUGCUGCGCGGGACGUCGCCAUGCUCCGACGCCCGAUCAACGAAGACGGGUGGCCGGCACUGUGGGCGCCUGAUACGCUCAACGUCAAUGACCGGCGCCGAUGGUUGAAGGCAUUCGCGAAGUUGCUCGCCGCGGCGAAGGGCCGCGAACAACUAGAUGCGUACAUGCGCAAGCGCACCCACGAGGCACAGGCCUGGGAUGCGUGGGCAUUGGGCAAUCUCUUGCGCGACGUCAACCCGUUCCAGCCGCUCACGCCGGAACGGGAGGAGUCGCUCGAGGACCACCUGAUGCUGCGCUACAUGCUCACAUCACUCAGCUCGUUGAAGCAGUGGCCCAUCGAGUUCCUCGAUCGUCCACGCGGCGACUUUCACCAGUGUGGCUUGUGUCGCGAGGAGGAACGCAAGAAGCGCGAGGAAGAGCGUGGGGCGCCGGGAGAGGAGGGAAUGACGGAGAGGUUCGAGGAAGAGUGGGAUCUCAUGGGCGAGCAAGAACUCGAAGACGAGGAUUAG